AUGGCGGCGGCGGCGGCAUCAGGCAGCAACGGCAACGGCGCGACCAAGAACUUCCACCUCAAAGUGGUGGCCAUCGUGACCACCGCCACCGGCCCCAACGGCGCCCCCGUCACCCGCGAAGCCGAGCGCGUGUUCACCCUCCCGUUCGAGCCGAUGCUGAACGAGGACAGCGCGAUGCCGCACGUGCGCAAGAUGGUCGAGUCCUUCGCCCCCAUGAAGAUCCCGGACCCCGAGGACAAAGUCGCCAUCGUGGACAAGAUCGCCGACGUCGCCCUCCGUCUCUUCGUCGCCCUCGAACGUGAAGAAACUGACAACAACAACAAGACUGCUGAGGCUGGUUCGGGGAUUGCUGGCUUUGAUGCGGAGAGGAAGUGGUUUUACUCCAAGGACGGACUGCCGCAGACCAAGGUGACGAUCUACGUCGCCCAUGAUGGUUUCGUCUCCGCUGUCGGCGACUUCGAGUCGGAGGACGACGAGGAUGAUACUGAUUCCGAUGAGGAGGAUGAUGAUGGUGAAGAGGAGGAAGAAGGUGGUGUUGAGGCCAUGGAGAAGAAGUAGAAGAUCCAGUGGUGUUUUUUUUGUGGCUGUUGCCCUAGCAAUGGCUACGUGCAUGCAUGCAUGGUGGUGUGCCAUGACAUUAUUAUUAUUAUUAUUUCCUAUUGCUAAAACUAUGUCGGUUUGUGUUCGUUAUUCAAUAAUCCAGUGUUUGUGAACUGGAAUUUAUGUGAACAAUUAUUA